AUGCGCGCUGCGCCGGCUCGGGCAGCUCCGGGCGGUCGCCGAGGCAGCGUCCCGGGAGAUCUUCUGAAUAUCGAGUCGUUGCCACUCCGGGAGGUGUUGGUAAACAUCUACGAGGCUGAGGGCCGAAAGCAGCCGAUCAUUCGCAGCCGCCUGAACCUCCGUGCUAUUCUGGCCGGCGCAUCACAUGCAGGUGUCGAAGUGUAUCGACGCGAGUACGGCUAUGCUUUCACGGAGGAGGAGGUUAGCGGCAUCUCGGAGUGUGUUCCACGCCGGCGGAAGAACUUCGUUUACCGCGUCACCCUGGAGAUGGGCCUCUGCCCCCUCACGGAAGGCCGGGUCCAAGAGCUCCUGACGGACAUGGCGCCAACCUGGCGAGGCUCAGAGUUCAAUGCGAUCCACAACAACAGCCUGGACUUUGCGGAUGCAUUCCUGCAACAGCUGGGGGUAGGACGACUUCCUCGAGAGCUUGGUGAAUCAGGUGCGUCCUCGCCCGGCUACAUCUCCAGCUGCAAUGCAAAGAUCUUCAAGCCGCUGCAGCAGACUUGCUCGAUGGAUUUCAGCCUCUCCGGGCUUUUCAGAGGAGCUGCAGAAAUGGGCUACAGUGUGGCGGCCAUGCUGGCGCAGCCCUUCAGCCAGGAGGAGGCGGAUGGCGAAGAUCCCGAGGUGCAAGCACGUUCGGCCGAUGGCCAACUUUUCUGCCAGAGUGUGGCGUGCACGGACGAUGAUGCUGGGCUUCUGGCCACUGAGCCUGCGAACUCCUCGCUGGAUGCAGAGUAUUUUGUUGGCGAUGUGGAGCCCCUGCCCGAUAGCUCGGAUACCCUGCAUGAGCUGGAGAUCACCGUCGCCCGAGGUCUCGCUCAGGAGCGACAGCUGGGCUGUCUCUUGUCCGCGCGGGGCACCGAGAAAGCUCGCGGAUCGGAGGAAAAAGCUCCCAUGGCAUCGAAGCAGCAAAGCGUCGAAGAGCCGCCGGUUCUGCACCGGAGCUGGAGACACCUUCCCUCGGUGGGCACCUGGCACACACCACGGCUCAAGGAUGCCAGGCAGCUGUUGCCUUCUGUGGGGACGUAG